GGAAGCGGUAGUUGUAAAUUAUAUUGACAGUGGUGUCGUUGUGGUAGCGCUUGGGUAUUAAAUUUAUUUCAACCGAGCAAAUAAAAUGAAUGCACGAAACUGGAAAACAGCCGUGUGCGCCAGCGGGUCUAUUUUACUAGGUGGAGUUGCGAUUAAACUUUUAAAAAUUAGCAACGUGUUCAGCAGUAGAAGAAACCACGAUAUUCCCGUCAACGAAGUGUUGCUGUACGGAGCCAACGAUGAAGUGCAGACGAAGCGAAUUGGUUUGAACAACCUGUUUUGUAUUUAUUACGUGAUAGUGCACGCAAACUGCUCAAUUGAUGUGUGCUUGCCCGAUCUAGAGAGUGACACUAUAGCGAAGUGUCUCAUCGGAGCACAGAAGAACAAAGUGAAGGUUCGCCUUGUAGUGCACAGCAACAGCGAUUUUGAUAUGCCGAAGCUGAUUAAACAUGGGAUAGAAGUGAAGAUUAUUACGUCAAGAGAGCCUUUAGAACACGAAUAUAUUUUGGUGGACGCCGACGCAGAGACGGGAGGAGCUGUGGCGGUUAUGGGAUCCCUGGACUACGAGACAGCGCGGGUCAACUGCAACAGAGACGCAACUCUGCUCACCUCCGAACCAUCUGUCGUGAAGUCUUUGAAGAGAGAGUUUGACAGAGUAUGGAAUUCCACUGACAGCAAAACUGGCAGUGAAAACAUUCCUAAACGCACUACCACAGCAACAUAUUGAACUAAAGAUGUACCGAUGGUCAGUUAUGUUUAUGUCUGUAGAAUUAUUCAUGUUCAUUGGUGUAGAAAUUGGUACCUGGACCUACCCAUUCUUAUUAUAUUUAUUUUAUUAUAGGUACCUACUGUUGUUAAAUAAUAAAUCUGUUUUAUGUUAUCUUGUUAAGUUAAGGAAUAUAAAACGUGUGGAAACAAUUUAUAAAUAUUAAUUAGAUUACAAAUAAAAAGUCAUAGAUUAACACAAAAUAUUUAGAUUUUAU